AUGGCUGUUCAUCACGAAGCUCGCAAGAGUGGAUUUGAGUCGGAUGCUUUCAUGGCUUACGGACUUGUGGAUUUGUAUAUGAAGUGUGGGAGUAUGGAGGAUGCAAGGAGGAUCUUCAAGCGCUUUGCCAGCCACGACAUUGUCUCGUGGACAGCGUUGAUACUCGGCUAUGGUGACAAUGGCGAGAACAAGGUGGCGGUGGAGCUCUUCUUGUGCAUGGUUCACCAGGGAUACCAUGCAAACGCUUGGACUUUCGUGGCAGUGAUCAAGGCUUGCAGCAGCCUUGCCGAGGAGGAGCAAGGCGGAAGUGUGAUAAAGUUUCGCACUCUCACCACUGGAAUGGUGAUCCAUCGCCUCGCAGCUGUGAACAGUGGCUGCGAUUCCAGGGACGUUUUCGUGGGGAACACUUUGAUCGACAUGUAUGCGAAGUGUGGAACUAUGGUGGAUUCCCGGCGAGUUUUUGAUGCAAUGCUUACACGGGACGUGGUCUCGUACAACACGAUCAUGCUGGGCUAUGCCGAGAAUGAUGGCGAGGCUAUGGCGCUCGAGCUACUCGCGGCCACGCACAGGGAAGAACCACGCGUUGUGGCAAAUAGCUUGAGCUACCUUGCUGCUGUGAAGGCUUGCAAUCACUUGGCAUCGCGAGAAGAAGCCAGGGACUUUGAUGGAAGAGCUGUGAAGAUCGAAAGCCUGGAGAAAGGCAUGGCUGUUCAUGCUCGAGCUACGGAAGCCGGGUGUGAUCGAGAUCUUUUAGUGGCCAGCAGCCUGAUCGAUAUGUACUCGCGAGCUGGAAGCAUGGAGGAUUCGCACAGGGCCUUCGAUCAAAUGGAGAGCCACGAUGUAGUGUCAUGGACGGGGCUCGUCUCCGGCUACGCCGAGAAUGGCAAUGGCGAGAGCUCCCUGGUGGUGUUCUUCGCGAUGGUGGACGAGGGAGUGGAGCCCGACCAGUGGACGCUCGUGGCAGCACUCAAGGCGUGCGGAUCCAUCGCCUCGAGCAAAGCUGGGCGACGUCUCCAUGGCGAGAUUUGCCGGCAUGCACUGGAGGGUGAUACCAUCGUGGUCACCGGUUUGAUCGACUUCUAUGGGAAGUGUGCUACCAUGGCCGACGCUCAGCGUGUCUUUGAUGGUUCCAUGGUUGCCGCGCGGGACGUGGUUGCAUGGACGGCUCUAGUGUCCGGCUAUGGCCGCCAAGAUGACGUGAAGUUCGUGUUUGUGACGUUCCAGGCGAUGGUGGACACUGGCAUGAGGCCGGGAGGUGUGACCCUGCUGUGUGUGCUAGCCGCAUGUAGCCAUGCCGGGCUUGUGGAGCGAGGGAAACGAUUGUUUGGACCGAAAGAGAGAAGUAUGGGAUUGAGCACUACCACUGCAUGA